AUGGAUUUAGGGGAGUAUUUGUUUCAAAGACUUGCUCAAUUGGGCGUUGGCUCUAUUCAUGGUGUUCCUGGCGACUACAACCUUACUGUCCUGGAUUACCUCAAGCCUGCAGGCCUCCACUGGGUUGGUAAUGCCAACGAGUUGUGCGCUGGCUACGCUGCAGAUGGGUACGCCCGAAUCAAAGGCAUCGGUGCCUUGAUCACUUCCUUUGGUGUUGGAGAGCUUUCGGCCAUCAACGCUAUUGGCGCAGCCUAUUCCGAAAAGGCCCCGGUGGUGCAUAUCGUUGGCACGCCGCCACGAGCUGCCCAGGAAUCAGGCGCCUGUUUGCAUCAUAGUCUGGGCGAUGGCAAUUUCAGGGUCUUUGCGGAUAUGUAUAAAAGUGUCACGUGUGCGCAAGCCAAUCUUGUGGAUGUCUCGACCGCUCCUCAGUUGAUCGACGCCACGCUGAAGGAAUGUCUCCAACAAAGCCGCCCGGUAUACAUCGAAAUACCUACCGACAUGGUCCGGGCUAAGGUGCCGGUGCCGCAAUUGCCAAUCGACCUUUCAACUCCUGAUUACGACGAGGCGUUCGAAGACAAAAUCGUCAACUCUCUUGUUGCGCGCAUCCAAAGCUGCAAGCGGCCUUUGAUCCUUGUCGAUGGUUUUACCGCCCGGUUUGGCGUCAGAGAUGAUAUCAACGCGCUGGUCAAGCUUACGGGCUUCCCAACCCUCACCACGCCAUUCGGCAAGAGCAUCGUUGACGAAAAUGUACCAAACUUCCAUGGAGUUUAUCUUGGAUCAGCAGGUGGAGCGAUCUAUCAGUCAUGGGUUGAAGGGUGUGAUCUGGUUCUCCGCUUUGGAGUGCUUGGAUCUGAAAUCAACACAUUUGGCUUCACUGCUCAGCCACAGCCCGCAGCCACGGUGACAUUCGAAAAAUACUCCGUAUCACUAGGCACCACAGGUACGGUGCCUGUUAAUGUGCGCCUUGUGUUCAUCAAUACCAUACUGUCGAAAUUAUUGCAUUUCCUGAGCGGCGUGAAGAUUCCUACUCCAGAGCCGUAUCCCGAAGACCCUUUCCUGCCGCGUGAGAUUUUGAAGAACUUCCCUGAGGCUGUCGAUACUGCCUCAAUAGACCAGUAUUCGCUUUGGCUUCGCAUGUCUGCGUUCCUCCAACCAGGAGACAUAGUGAUGACCGAGACUGGCACUGCAUCCUAUGGCGGUCAAAGCUUCGCUCUUCCGGAGGGAACAACAUUGAUCAACUCUUCAAUUUGGUUAUCUAUUGGAUAUAUGCUUGGUGCCUGCCAAGGAGCUACUCUGGCGCAAAGAGAAAUGGUUAAGGGUGGCACACGGCCCCCGGGCCGAACUAUCUUAUUUGAAGGCGACGGAAGUCUUCAGAUGACCGCUCAGGCAAUCAGCGACAUAAUCAGGAACAAGCUUGAUGUGACAAUAUUUGUGUUGAACAACAACGGCUAUACAAUCGAACGAAUCAUCCAUGGCUUCUCAGAAAGCUACAAUGAUGUUCAACAGUGGAGGAAUCUCCAAGCACCAAGCUAUUUUGGGGCUCUCAAUGGUGAUGCCUCAUACCCUGUGCGAACAGAAUCUGCUCAGAACUGGGGUGAGUUGCAGACUAUCCUACAGCGACCCGAUAUUCAGGAGGGCAAGGGGCUGAAUAUUGUCGAAAUUUCGUUGAGCAUGGAUGAUGCACCGAAAUCCCUGAGCAAGUUCGUUGAGUACCUGAAGAAAAGAAACAGUGGACAGCUGUAG